GAAUUUUAUAUACCCAGACACCCUGUUACCCCACCACAAAACCGGUAUAGGGUUUUAGGCGGGAAGACCAUCCUCACUUCUAAUAAUAACAAUGAUAUUUCUAAUCCACUCAUCAUCACAAUCUUCAUUUCUUAAACCAAACCCUAAUUUCAAAUUCCCCAAAUUCAAUCCCCAUUUCACAAAGCUUCAUACUUUCCGAUUCAACCCACCAAAAAGACUAAACCCCAUUUCAUGUUCCAUAAAACCCACCUCAAAUUCCCUCAAUUCAAUCAAACCUUACAUCCAAUCAGAAUGGAAAACCAUCAUCAACGGCUGGCUCUUCAGUGCGGUUUCCGUCUAUUCGUUAUCAAGAAUCGUACCGAAACUAGGGAAACUAUCUUGUAUUAAGGAUGUUGGUUGUUUGAGAAAUGAGGGUUUGAUCAUUGGGGUUUUGUUUUUGGUUCGGUUGGUUUCGAGUUAUUUGCAGCAGUCUUUUUUAUGGGAAGCGUCGUUAAAGGCGGUUUAUAAUGUCAGGGUGGAUGUGUUUAAGAGGGUUUUAGGGAGAGAGUUGGGUUUUUUUGAAGGUGGUGAUGGGAAGUCGGUUGGUGAUAUCGCUUAUCGAAUUACGGCAGAGGCUUCUGAUGUUGCUGAUACGGUUUACGCUGUUUUGAAUACCAUCGUACCCAGUUCACUGCAACUAUUAGCAAUGGCAACUCAGAUGGUGGUAAUCAGCCCGAUUCUCACGUUAGUUUCUGCGUUGGUGAUUCCAUUGAUGGCCUUGGUAAAUGGAUACUUUGGUGAAGAGCUUCGUGAUGUAUCAAAUAAAGCGAAUUUAAGUAUUGCUGCUGUCUCAGCUUAUCUGAAUGAAGUUCUGCCAUCUAUAUUCUUUGUGAAGGCAAACAAUGCAGAAGCCAGUGAGUGUAUGAGAUUUGAAAAGCUUGCUCAUUCUGAUUUAUAUGCACGUUUAAAUAAGAAGAAAAUGAAGGCCCUGGUUCCUCAGAUGGUACAAGUAACUUUAUUUGGGAUGCUACUUCUAAUUUUCGUUGGCUCAUUGGUGGCUAAAAGUGAUUUAUGUAGUGUGAUUUCGUUCAUAACUUCAUUGGCCCUUUUGAUCGAACCAAUUCAGGAUGUGGGAAAAGCUUACAAUGAGCUAAAACAAGGAGAGCCUGCUAUUGAACGCUUGUUUCAACUAUCAACUUAUAAGCCCAAGGUUAUUGAGGAAAUGAAAGAAGUUGAUGUAGAGUCUGUUGCAGGAGAGGUUAAAUUCUGUGAACUCUCUUUCAGAUAUGGUGAAAAUAUGCCUCACAUUUUAAAUAAGUUAAAUCUCCAUAUUAAAGCUGGAGAGACUAUUGCUCUUGUGGGUCCCUCCGGGGGAGGAAAAUCAACUCUUGUAAAGUUACUUCUUCGUCUCUAUGAUCCUCUAUGUGGCCAUAUUCUCAUUGAUAACCAUGAUAUUCGAGGUAUCUCUUUAAAAAGUUUAAGGACACAUGUUGGAUUGGUUACUCAGGACACAACACUUUUUUCAGGAACGGUUACUGAAAAUAUUGGAUACAGAGAUCUGAUGACUGAAAUCAAUAUGGAGAGAGUGAAGGUUGCAGCACAAAUUGCAAAUGCAGCUGAAUUCAUUGAAAAACUCUCUGAAGGAUAUGCGACUAAUAUUGGACCUAGAGGCUCGCUUUUAAGUGGAGGCCAAAGGCAAAGACUAGCUAUUGCAAGAGCUCUAUAUCAGAAUCCUUCUAUACUGGUUUUAGAUGAAGCAACUUCUGCUUUGGAUUCGAGGUCUGAAAUGUUGGUGAGACAAGCUUUGCAACGUUUAACAAAAAAUCGUACUGUUAUUGUCAUUGCUCAUCGUUUGGAAACUGUUCUAAUGGCGGAACGAGUUUUUUCUCUAAAUGAUGGAAAGCUUGAGGAGAUAUCCCGCUCAUCCCUCCAGAUUGCUCAGAAUGAUCCAUUGGCAUCAAUAGGCUUCUGAGGUUUAUGCCAAUGGUCUCAUCACUUCCUUCACUUUACAGGCACAAUUGGCAGUGUCUUCCUUUGGCUCGUCAGUUUCUUUUAUUCAGUUAGGCAACGAGGCAAAACUGCACGCAUUUUACAUUCUUCUUAUUCUCUACUUUUUGACAUUUCACCCUUUUAACCCAUUAGAGAUAAAGUAUUAACAUCAUUCUGUAAGACAGGAUUGGGACCUAUUAGUUGCUCUUUUUUUCUGUUGAACUGUUGACCCAAUCUCUUAGAGCUGAUAAUUGUUUCAAACACACUUUAAUUGGCCCGUGGCUUAACAAGUUCAAUGAAACUAUGCAACAUAUUUACA